UAGUGUUGCUAAAGAUAAACCGUAUAUUACAGAGCCAUAAAGUAUCUAAAGAUUUCUGUCAGAACAAAAGUUCAAUCAAUCUUUCAUUUGUUUCAGGUCACUAAAUAAGCUGCUCCACACGCAUGACGAAACAUGGAGAGCGCAGGCAACAAUACCACAUUAUAUGACGACAGUACAAUUUAUCCCAGUGAACUUGUAUUACAGAGAAAAUUUAACAUUGCCAAAGAUAUGUUUAUGAAAAUCGAAGCAUGGCCUAUAGAGAAAUGUUUAGAAAUAAUAAACGACACAGAAAUUCAUAAUACAACGUUACAAGUACAUACUCAUAAUGGUUCACAAUUUAUGUGCUUGGAUCAUGCACCCGUUCUGACAAAAAGUACAGUAAUAAGAGCGAGCAUACUCUCAGCUAUGGCGAUACUAUCAUUGUUUGGUAAUUUAGCCACAAUAAUAAGUUUGAAAAGAGGCAAACGUAGUAGAGGACGAGCACGUCCCUCAUGGACAGCGAUAUAUAGUCUUAUAUACCAAUUGAGCAUAGCUGAUUUACUAGUUACCGUGUUUUGCCUCGCUGGAGAGGCGGCUUGGUUGUUUGCCGUGCAGUGGUACGCAGGGAAUGUAGCCUGCAAACUGUACAAAUUCCUACAAAUGUUUGCUCUGUAUUUGAGCACCUUCAUUCUCGUUCUAAUUGGAGUGGACCGGUGGCUGGCCGUCAAAUACCCCAUGAAGAGUAUGGCUACUGCCACUAGAAGCGGGAAAUUGGUCAUCGUAGCCUGGGUCCUCAGUUUUUUAUUGAGUAUUCCGCAGGCGGUGGUCUUCGGCGUGGCAAAGGGGCCAUUCAUCGAAGAGUUUUACCAGUGCGUGACACAUGGUUUUUAUACGGAGAGAUGGCAAGAGCAAGCUUACACUACACUGUCUCUAGUGUUUAUGUUCAUUCUACCUCUUGUCAUACUCGUUUCUACGUACGUGUCAACAGUACGAACAAUAGCAAAAAGCGAAAAAGUCUUCCAACCAGAAGUGAGAAGGCAACCAAAUUAUUUAACGCCAGAUAUAAAUAGAAGAAAACUUAUAGACAGAGCCAAAAUGAAAUCCUUGAGGAUGUCAGUUGUCAUAGUCGCCGCCUUCAUAGUGUGGUGGACUCCAUACUAUGUAAUGAUGGUCAUAUUUAUGUUCUUGAAUCCAGAUGAAAAUUUGAGCGAAGAGUUGUUGACUGGAAUAUUUUUCUUCGGGAUGUCAAAUAGUCUAGUCAAUCCAGUGAUAUACGGGGCAUUCCAUUUAUGGCCGAAGAAAAAAGUGUCAAGACAUAGUGACAGGUAAGAUAUCUUUUUAAAGUACAACGCUAUUAAGGUGAAGCUAGAUAAGUAACUCUUUUUUAUAUGUUUAUUACAGUUCUUAUAAUACAACUUUGAACAAAGACCUUUGAACAAAAUAAUAUUAUUUCAGAGGCUAACGACUGUCAAACUGAAGUAAUAACAUUUCAUUGAAUUUAGAACGUUUACCUCAUGACUUUUAUUAUAAAAUUUUAUAGGUAGAACUCGGUAAGUUAUAUAAUUAUAAAAAUUAACUGCGAUUGAUUGAUAUUAUUACUUUCUGUACUUCAGAUGUUCCGAAAUUCCAACC